AUGGACCGUCGUAUUGGUUACAUUUUAAUCGCUUUCCUUGGAGCCUUUUUAUUAAUUUUUGCUGUUGGCUUCAACCGGUGGCACUGCAACUCGAGUCUCCUUAGUCCUGCUUGUCGUCAACAACAGGCCAAUGUGAUCACUGCUGUUCUUUUGUUGGUUGCAGCUCUGUGUAUUCUUCUUGCGGGUGGUUUCCUCAUCCAUCUGAUAAAAGAAGGACCCAAUUGGGCCCUUUUGACCGCUCUCAUCUUGUUCGCCUUUGGAGCAAUUCUAGCCAUUGCUGGUGUGUGCUAUUACACUGGAAAUUUUGGCCAUUGGAGUCCCAUUCUUGCCUCAAUCGGUACUGGAAUACUAAUCUGUCUACUUAUUGCAAUGGCUUUUGAAAUGGCUGGAGAGUAA